CCGAUCUACAUGAUUUUUUCCCAACCAACAUCUCUCAGAACUUUGCUAUAACGCCAAACUUGGAUAUAACGCCAACGCCUGAGCGAAUUGCCGGCGUCACAAUAGUUUUACAAAUAGAAGAGUAUUUGGGCCAAAAUGAGUCCGAACAGGGAGCAGUCAAUUUAGCUAGAACAGUAUUGGGAGCCCGCCACCGAAAUGGCGAAACUUGGCAGGGCAUAUUAGAGGAUAUUCGGGCGGGUGGUGGUAUGGAUAAUUUUAUCCAGAAUCUGCCUGGUGCCUACCCGGAAACCCCAUUGGAUCAAUUUGCCAUUAUCCCAAUAAUUGAUCUUCAUGUGGGCAACUUUUAUUUAUCAUUUACAAAUGAAGUCUUGUAUAUGCUGCUCACUGUCGUUUUGGUCGUUUUUCUUUUUUUUGUUGUUACGAAAAAGGGAGGUGGAAAGUCAGUGCCAAAUGCAUGGCAAUCCUUGGUCGAGCUUAUUUAUGAUUUCGUGCUGAACCUGGUAAACGAACAAAUAGGUGGUCUUUCCGGAAAUGUGAAACAAAAGUUUUUCCCUCGCAUCUCGGUCACUUUUACUUUUUCGUUAUUUCGUAAUCCCCAGGGUAUGAUACCCUUUAGCUUCACAGUGAAAAGUCAUUUUCUCAUUACUUUGGCUCUUUCAUUUUCCAUUUUUAUAGGCAUUACGAUCGUUGGAUUUCAAAGACAUGGGCUUCAUUUUUUUAGCUUCUUAUUACCUGCGGGAGUCCCACUGCCAUUAGCACCUUUCUUAGUACUCCUUGAGCUAAUCUCUUAUUGUUUUCGUGCAUUAAGCUUAGGAAUACGUUUAUUUGCUAAUAUGAUGGCCGGUCAUAGUUUAGUAAAGAUUUUAAGUGGGUUUGCUUGGACUAUGCUAUUUCUGAAUAAUAUUUUCUAUUUCAUAGGAGAUCUUGGUCCCUUAUUUAUAGUUCUAGCAUUAACCGGUCUGGAAUUAGGUGUAGCUAUAUCACAAGCUCAUGUUUCUACGAUCUCAAUUUGUAUUUACUUGAAUGAUUCUACAAAUCUCCAUCAAAAUGAGUCAUUUCAUAAUUGAAUAAAAACGAGGAGCCGAAGAUUCUAGGGGGCUACAGCUGCGCUUUUGCAGCACUGAACAUGGUUCCGGGUACUCAAGAUAUUGUGUUUGGAGAGGUGUAGAUAGAUAGGACGUAGUCUUGCUCGAUCAGGACCCACAAGCAAGGGCUUGCGCUUCCCGCGCGAAAGAAAGCAAAAUAUACGGAUUGAGAUAAUAACGGACUUGAAGCUUCUCAAUUGAUCCAAAGA